ACGUCACUUCCGCCUGGUGGCCUGAAAGUGCAGGCGGCCAUAUUACAUUAGCAAACACACUCACGCGCUAGCUGCAGUUUGUUUAUGCUGUGAAGUGGAGCUGUAUUUUAACCAGACUCUCUCAGUUUAGCUCAAGCGGUCACUUAGCGGGACGAUGAGCGGCGGCACGCCGUAUAUCGGCAGUAAGAUCAGUCUGAUCAGUAAGGCGGAGAUCCGUUAUGAAGGCAUUCUCUACACCAUCGACACAGAGAACUCCACCGUCGCGCUCGCCAAAGUGCGCUCCUUUGGCACCGAGGACCGACCCACGGACCGUCCCAUCGCACCCAGGGAUGAGAUAUUUGAGUAUAUUAUAUUCAGAGGAAGUGACAUCAAGGACCUGACGGUGUGUGAGCCUCCCAAACCAACAUGCUCUCUGCCUCAGGACCCCGCCAUUGUUCAGUCCUCUAUGGGAUCUUCCUCUGCCCUACCCUCAUCCUUCCAAUCUGGGAAGUCAUACGGACUGUUCAACCGUCCACAAGUCACGCCAUACACCCAGUUCAACCCCAGCCCACUGGUCUCACCGCAGUUUGGCACUGUUGGAGUCGGAAGUACAAUGGGAUUGUCUGGUAGUGACACUGGCAUGGCUGCAGCACUGUCUCAGAGCAGUACUGUUGCCUCUGCUUUCAGCAGUGACACUUUGAGUGCAUUCAUAGCAGAAGAUCACACCAGUCCGGCUCUGGACCUUCUGCAAAAGAGCCCCCCAGUGGAGCCUGCUGCCCCAUCAGCACCUGCAGUCACCAGUGCUGCUCCCACAGCUGUGGGUCGCAAGAGCCCUGUGUCAACCCGCGCAGCUUCCACUAAUACGCAGAAGCCUGUGGACCUCACAGAACAGACCAGGGGCGCCGAUGUCCCAAAACCAAGCGUACCCGAGUCCAGUCAGUCCAGAGGAGGAAACAGGGACGCUUCUAAACGGCUUGCAGCUGGUGGUCCUCCUGCUGUCCGGCAGGGUCGUGGCGGAGGUCAUCGUGGUAGAGGACGAUUCCCCGUGCGCAGAGAAGGACCCAUGAAGUUUGAGAAAGACUUUGACUUUGAGAGCGCCAAUGCUCAGUUCAACAAAGAUGAGAUUGACAAAGAGUUCCAGAGCAAACUCAAACUCAAAGAUGAGAAGUCCGAUAAGGCUUUGAAUGGUGAGGAUAAAGGGGAUUCGGGAGUCGACACUCAGAACAGCGAAGGAAACGUUGUUGAGGAAGAUCCUCUCGGACCAAACUGCUACUACGAUAAAUCCAAAUCCUUCUUUGACAACAUCUCCUGUGACGACACAAGGAAGGCCGCUGAGAGGUCUGGAGGAUUCGGUUUCCCCCGAGAGAGGAGGCAGACCUGGGCGGAGGAGCGGAGGAUGAACGCAGAGACGUUUGGCCUCCCGCUGCGGCGGGGUCGCGGAGGCUUCAGAGGUCGCGGUGGCAUGGGCUUCAGAGGGGGCCGGGGCCGCGGAGCCGGACGGGGGUGGUUCGGAUCUCACCCUGGGGGAAGUGGCUAUAGAGGGGUAUUCAGAGGAAGUCAAGGAGGAAGAGAGUUCGCUGAGUUUGAAUACAGGAAGGAUAACAAAGUUGCUGUAUAGUGAUGGGAGAAAGCGGAUCCAGAAGACCUGAUUUGUGUGGGAACUGCGCUUCGGGUCACAUGUGUUGUAAAAAUCUGUCACCAGCACUGCUUGAAACCUGGCUAUUAAUGAAACACCUUCUCCAUUUAUUCCCGAGGAGUGGAACAAAUGCUAUUUUUUUGAAUCGUUAAUUUGAGAAUAAUAUUUCCAGACGGUUUCAAAUGUAUUGAUUUCUGAAGGACUCUUGUUUCGUUGACCUUCAGUGCUUAACCUGAAUUUGAUAUACUGCUGCUUACAGCUAACAGAUUAUCUAGAACAACAUACUGUGUUUUUGAUCACUGAAUGAGCUUUAUUUUUGACUUGUUUUGCUAUAAAGUAUCUUACAGCAUUUAGCAUCGAAAUAGACUGCCUGGAAAUCAGUUAUGCAUUGUCAUAUUUUUCUAAUGUAAUUUCAUUCUUCAGCCCCCAACAUCACUAUUCCUGUUCUUGUAGCAAAUAGUAUGUUUUUUUUAAAUAUAUAAAUAUACACACACACACACACACACACACACCCUCGUGAGAGGUCUGUAGUUUGUAGUGAGAUUCCUCAUGUGCCAGUAUUGAUAGAGUUCCACUAAAGGAUGUUUUAGUUUUAGAUAUAAUGGAGAAAAACACAGAAAUGCUGAUUUCGAGGGAAACAAUGAAAUAGCACAAUUUAAAAUGAGAGGAUAUGGUCAACCAAGGCAGAGCGAACUCAGUGAUGCGUUUCUUUUUUCUGUGGGUUUGAUUUAUAUUCAAUGAGGUCCACUUUGCAGUGUGUAGCACUUUGUAGCAGACGUUUACUGAUGAGUGAACGUCCAUCUUUACUGAGAAAUAAUGCUACUCUGUGACUCUACAGAACUCUGUGCUGCAGUUACUUUGACGAAGAGCUUUUACCACUAAUUAUAAUCCAAUCAUUCAACAUUCAGAUUACGUGACUGUCCUUCGCCUCAUCAAACAUCGAGUGAAACUGACGUGUCACGCUGAGCACUUAUGAUUAUUUUACCAGAUAUUAUUCAAUAGCAGUGCUUCCCACUGGAUGCUUUCUGGCUUGAAUCUGACUGGAAGCUGGACCGUUGAAAAGGCAGAAUGUUGUUUAGCUUUUCCCGCCUCUCCUUGUUCAGCUGCUGUGUUUUACAAUCACUGACUGCACUAGCAUAAUGUCAUGUGACCUGACGUGCACAUUGUGAUGUCAUAUCCACACCCACGCAUCGCUCAUGAUGUUACUUCAGUCGCAUUUUGUAAACCGAAUCUGUUUUUGUCCUCUGACAGCUGUGCAUUAUUCUCGCAGGGAGAUUUUGUCUUUUUUUUUUUUUUUUUUUUUUUUUUAUGGAUUUAUCACUGAAGUUGAAGGUUUGGGAUUUUUACUGAUCAGUUCUGAUUGUGAAGCCUAUGGCUGUGACAUCUCUGCAAGUUUUUUGUAAUUUUAAUUUUUUAUUAUAUUCUGCUAUGUUUGUUUAAACUGUUGGGAUAUUUGGGUUAAGUUAAUAAAAUGAACUGUUUUCAGAUUAUAGCAUACAUUAAAGUACAAGUCUGUAAGAUGCAAAACAUUUAGAGUUGUGGAUCUUGAAGUGAAAUAUCCUCUUGCACUUUUCAAGCUCUUAAAUUCAGUGAAUAGAUGCUUUAUUUCAGUGAUGGAUGACUAGAGUGAAUCUCUCUCUAAAGCACAUGGACAUGAUUUACCUAGGCCUUCGUAAUGGGGCCUUUUAUAAUUAACUGCUCAGUAUGAACAAAUAAAGAAGCUAUUACCUUACCUUUAGGAACAAUAAACAUCCAUGCUGUCCUAAAUUAAAUUUUUUUUAAUUAUUAUUAAUUAUUAGGAAUGUUACUGUAAAAAUAUCCUGCUAGAAUCUAUUCACUUAAUUGCAGAGUUUUCUUUAGAGGCUGUCUAUUACAGUGUAAAUGUUGGAACAGUGAUACUCGCGUAUAAAGGGUAAGCUGCUGCAUGCAGGUCUCGUCCACAAACCACCGAUCUUGUGAGGCAAAUGCUGUUCUGGAGAUGUCUUGUGAUGAACACCAAAUCCUUUCAUCAGGGUCGACAUGCUUUCCUUGUGAACCCCAGCAUGUAUCUGUUCACAACUACAUGUAAAGAGGUUUUUACUAGAUGCAAGAAUAAACCGUUUACUAUC